AUGGUUUUUUCACAAGGUAAUGAAAGAAAGGAGAAUAAAUCAUAUCGGAGUCCUACUAAGAAUUUUGAUGUGGGAAAAGGGUUGAUACAAGAUGAUCCUCUUUCGCCUUUUCUUUUUGUGUCGGUGGCGGAAGGGCUCACGGGGUUGGUGAGACAAUCUAUUGCGGUUGGAGAAUUCGAAAGCUUUUGUAUUCAAGGAAGUUGUAAAGUGGACAUUCUUCAAUUUGUGAAUGACACUUUGUUGGUUGCGAAAGGAACUUGGAAACACGUUUGGGCGAUUAAAGCGGUGCUAAGGGCUUUUGAAUUAGUUUCGGGAUUGGGUAUUAAUUAUCAUAAAACUUCUAGUGUGCUUUCGUGUAAGGUGGAGGAUAGCAAGUUUCACUUUCUUGGGAUUCCGGUAGGAUUUAAUCCAAGGAAAGAAGAGACGUGGAUUCCGCUUGUUCUAGAGAUGAAAAACUGGUUGGCGGGGUGGAAAAAUAGAUUUUCCCUGCAUAAUGGCUUUAACACUCAUUUUUGGGAAGUGAAGUGGUUGGAUGGUAAAUUAUUGAAGGAAGAGUUCCCGGGUUUAUUUGAGGCGUCGAGUUUGAAGGGGGUAUUGGUGGCGGUUAUGGGUGGUUGGAUGGAAGGAGAGUGGAGAUGGGGGGACUUAGGCGUAUUGGAGUCGAUUAUGGACAAUUCGGAUUUAAUGGCCGAAUUGGGUGCAUUGUGUGAAUCUUUUGGGGGAUUGGGAGAAGGUAAAGAUGUGGUGGAGCGGGAUUUAAACAGGGAAGAAGGGUUUUCAGUUGCUUCUUGUUAUGAAGCGUAUGCUUGCAUGCGAACCUCUUUUGGUCCUCCUUGUAGAUUUGAUAAGGCGAAGGGGAUAGUUUGGAAAUCGGAGGUGCCGUUCAAGAUUAAGGCUUUUGGGUGGAGGCUCAUUGCUAAUAUGCUUCUAACUAGAGAUCUUUUGGUGUAUAGAGGUAUUUCUAUUCCUUUUGAUCAUUUAAAGUGUUCUUUUUAUGGAAUUGAUUUGGAAAAUCGGGAUCAUUUCUUUUUUGCUUGUUCUUUGGUAAAGGAUAUUUUGAGGGAGAUGGCGUUUUGGAUAGGUAAAUUGGGGUUAGAGGAGGAAGAGUGUUUGUCGAGUUUAAUGGAUUGA